ACACUGAGUCUCAUGAGAGUCAGAUAACAGUCCAAACGUUUGUCUUCACACUGCUGCUGCUGCUGCUGCUGCUACAUGAUACCUACUUGACCUGCAGAUUCUGGAUGACUUUGAGGCUGAGCACCAAUCUCUGAAUGAAGAAUCUCUCCUUCAUAUUUGCACUGUGUUCUGUGUGAAUUUCUUCGCAGCCAGGAGAGCUAUACAGAGCUGAUCACAUUGGAGACCUAAGUCAGCAACACUGGGAGUCAUGGUCCCCUCACUGCUCUGGUUCCUUCUGCUGUGGGGACUACAGGGUCUUGAGGCACAACACUAUGAAGAAGACCGCGAAGAAGAGGUGGUGACCGCCAAGAAGAAGACCAAACUAUAUCCAUCCAAUUCAUUAACACAAAAAAGCAAGUCGCUCAUUGACGCGGACUGCGGUUUGGAGUUAGCCUUUCUUAUCGACAGCUCCGAGAGUGCCAAGGACAACCAUGACCAGGAGAAGCGCUUUGCCUUAGAAGUGAUGGACCGGCUGCAGGGCCUCCGGCUGCAGACUGGCCGUAGCCUCGUUUCCCGCUCAGCCCUCCUCCAGUACAGCAGCCAUGUAAUCAUAGAGCAGACUUUCAAGCAGUGGAAAGGCAUCGACAACUUCAAGGCCCAAAUCAAUCCAAUCGUGUAUAUCGGUCACGGCACCUACACCACCUACGCGAUUACCAACCUCACCCGCAUUUACCUGGAGGAGUCAGCGCCCAGCAGCAUCAAGGUGGCCAUUCUGCUCUUUGAUGGCAUCUCACACCCGAGGAACCCAGACAUAUUUUCAGCUGUCGCUGACGCAAAGAACCAGGGCAUCCGUUUCUUUACUAUUGGGAUCACACCUGAGGCCAAUGAGUCAACCAAUAUGGCUCAGUUGAGACUGAUUGCUAGCUCCCCUGCCUCCCGCUACCUUCACAACCUGCAGGACAGAGGCAUUGUGGACAAAGUCAUAAAGGAGAUCACGUCACUGGCAGACGAAGGGUGUCCUCUGGCCCAGAGCCAGUGUGCAUGUGACAAGGGUGAGAGAGGACCAAGCGGCCCUCCUGGCAAAAAGGGCCGUUCUGGAGAGGAUGGAAGUCCUGGUCUUAAAGGACAAAAGGGAGAAGGUGGGCUCAGUGGAUUUCCAGGUCGAGAGGGAGCAGAGGGAAAAUCAGGAUACAAAGGAGAGAAGGGAGAAAGAGGGGAGUGUGGCACACCUGGAAUUAAGGGAGACAGAGGACCUGAAGGUCCUGUUGGCACAAGAGGAAAUCGUGGCCUUCAGGGUUUGUCUGGUCCACCUGGUGAUAUCGGACCUGAGGGUGUGAUGGGUAAAAAAGGGGAUAGGGGACUUCCUGGGCCACCUGGAAUUCAAGGAGAAACAGGGAUUGGCCUUCCGGGAUCCAAGGGGGAUGUUGGUUUUCAGGGGCAACCGGGGCCCCCCGGUCAUAUUGGACUUGGUGAGCCAGGACCACUGGGGCCUCAAGGGCCGCAGGGAGUCCAAGGAGAGAGAGGACCAAUAGGAGAGGGUCUUCCUGGACCAAAGGGAGAGCGAGGUUUAGAUGGACCGCGGGGGCCGAGAGGACAGUCGGGCUUUGGAAUUAAAGGAGACAAGGGGGAUUUUGGACCUCCCGGUCUUCCUGGACCCCUCGGCCUCCCAGGAGUAGGCAUACAGGGAGAGAAGGGUGUAGAAGGACCAAGGGGGCCAACAGGGAGCAGAGGUUCACCAGGAGAGGGCUUGCCUGGAUCCAAAGGAGACCAAGGUUUGCCAGGCGAGGCUGGUGCCCCAGGGGAGAGAGGGGCUGGAGACCCUGGAGCUAAGGGUGAGCCAGGAUCAACAGGAACAGGGGGUUUGCCUGGUCUGCCGGGAGAGGACGGGGCCCCUGGACAGAAAGGUGAGCCAGGAGCUCCAGGUCUUAGGGGGCUGGAGGGGGCACCUGGAAUUGGCACUCAGGGUGAAAAGGGUGACCAAGGCCAAAGAGGAAUACGAGGUUUGACUGGUCCACCUGGCAUUGCCGGACCCUCGGGUCCAAAAGGAGAACCAGGGGCACCAGGCAGGACAGGUUCUUCCGGUCCACCAGGCCGUUUCAUCGUUGGACCUAAGGGUGAUCUUGGCCCAAGUGGUCCUCCUGGUCCGCUUGGGGAAACUGGCUAUGGACUACCUGGUCCAAAGGGUGACCGUGGAGUUCAAGGACCUGCAGGUCCAUUUGGUCCCAAAGGAGACGGCUAUCCUGGUCCUACAGGACCUCCUGGUCUGCCUGGACUUCCAGGAGAAUCCGGCCCAGAAGGAGUGGGCAUCCCUGGACCAAAGGGUGAUGUUGGUUUCCGAGGGUUACCUGGUUUACCGGGACCUCCAGGCGAAGGACUCCAAGGACCUUUGGGUAACACAGGGCGACCUGGCCCAGCAGGGCCAGUAGGGCCACAGGGGCAAGGAGUACAAGGGCCAAAGGGUGAACAGGGGUCCCAGGGAGUGACAGGGCCAAGGGGGCAACCCGGAGAGGGCUUUCCUGGAGCUAAAGGUGACCGUGGCUCGGCAGGAGAGAGGGGACUGAAGGGAAUCAAAGGAGAUCUGGGGGAUCCUGGAACCCCAGGGCAGUCUGGUCGGCCUGGUAUCAAAGGUGAAGCAGGACUCACUAGAGAGGACAUCAUUCGAAUGAUCAAAGAGAUCUGUGGAUGUGGUAUCAAGUGCAAGGAGAGGCCCAUGGAGCUGGUGUUUGUCAUCGACAGCUCGGAGAGUGUGGGCCCCGAGAACUUUGAGAUCAUCAAGGACUUUGUAAACGCACUCGUCGACCGGGUCACAGUGGGCCGCAACGCCACCAGGAUUGGACUGGUGCUAUACAGUCUGGAGGUGAAGCUUGUGUUCAACUUAGCACGCUACGUCAACAAACAGGACAUCAAGCAGGCCAUAAGGACCAUCCCGUACAUUGGUGAGGGCACAUACACAGGCACGGCCAUUCGUAAAGCCACACAAGAGGCCUUCUACAGUUCACGUGUUGGAGUCAGCAAAGUGGCGAUCGUGAUUACUGAUGGGCAGACAGACAAACGGGAGUCAGUGAAGCUGGACAUAGCUGUACGAGAAGCACACGCCGCUAACAUCGAGAUGUUUGCCCUGGGGAUCGUGAACACCACAGACCCGACACAGGCUGAGUUCCUGAGAGAACUGAACCUGAUCGCUUCUGACCCAGACACAGAGCACAUGUUCCUCAUCGAUGACUUCAACACCCUGCCCGCUCUGGAAUCCAAGCUGGUCAGCCAGUUCUGUGAGGACGAGAAUGGAGCGCUGAUCUAUAACAGAAUAACCAACGGCUACAACGGAUAUGGACACAACGGCAACAGGAAUGACCUCAAUGGGAAAUACGCCAUCGGUGGUUAUGGAUACCGUCCUGUGACAGAACAGGGAUUACUGAACGCUCGACAGACCAACACCAACUCUGGCACUAGCACCCACAGCGUCGGAGUCCAGGUGGAGAUCACACAGCACGGCAGUAAAGGAUCCAGAACAGCAACAGCACAUGGCGGAGAAGGGAAGCAUGUGCACACUGAAACAACAAAGUGGGGGACUGAACGCGGGGACACAUUCAACCGGGAAGCAAUAGAUCCUUCAGGUAGCCAAGGUUCAUCGUCAUCUUCGUCAUCAUCCUCGUCGUCAUCAUCGUCUACAAAUGUAGCCACAUCAUCUUCAGUUGUAUCCGUAAAACACGUUCCUGCUCCAAGGCCAGCUCUCCCCAAAGAAACUGCACCCGUAGACCCUCGCUGUGGCUUGGUUCUGGACCAGGGCACAUGUCGGGAUUAUAACAUCCGAUGGUAUUAUGACAAGCAAGCCAAUGCCUGUGCCCAGUUCUGGUACGGAGGCUGCAAUGGCAACACGAACCGCUUUGACACAGAAGAAGAGUGCAAGAGGACGUGUGUGUUCGCCAGAUCCACCGGAGGCUGAGAGAAAGCAUCUGGCCAUACAUCUGCUGUAGAUACUUCGUGGAGGGGCAGCUAUUACCAGCCUAAUUCAAGGGGUUAAGUUUUUGCAUCACUGAUGUUCCGUACCAUGGCUACAUUAUAGCUCGUGUUCACUGAUCCUCAUCUACAGAGAAAGAGAGUCUGACUUUGAUAGAUACCUCUAUUUUGUUAUUUUAAAGGCAUAAUUUAUGGGGGUUUUUUUGUGUGUGUUUGUGUGAGGUGUUGAUAUUUUGUCAAAAAUGACCUCAUGACACACUGUCACUCUCACUGAUAACAUGACUACAUCUAAUAUCAUCAAGAAAAUGCUUUAUGUCACUGUAAUAUAUCCUUUUCAGUCAUCAAACCAGGUCAUUAAAAUAAACAAUUGCUAUUCAUUUCUUUCCUCAACCACGUACUGUAGAUUCUGCUGGUGUUUAAACAUAAUCAAAUAACCAGUAAUACGCAGCGGUGAUGAAGCCUCUCGUCACAAUUUUGUUUUGUCUUGUUUUUACAUAAAUGAUUUUUAUAUAACUUUAUAUGACUGAUGCUCUGUAACUAAACGGGAACAUUUUUGUGCAUUUGAAUGUGUUUUAGAUUUUCGGAAAGAAAGAAAAUGUGAUGUUACCUGCGUACAUGGUUUCCUCUGUCCAGAUUCGUGCAACACUCAUGACACACACACUUACAGACACACACACGUAUGUACACACACUGCCCUCUACUGGGAGACACAUUGUGUAUACUGGAUGUGCAACAACUUUUGUUGUUGAGCAACCGAUCUGGAAUUGUGUUCACCACAGUUACUGACUGGAUACAUCCAUAUUGUACUGUUUAUGUCAUGGUUGACAUUUUGAAUAAAUUGGAUCU